GUUUAAAAUGGCGGCGUUGAGCAGCGCCGAGUCCCCACCGCCCGUCUUCAACGGAGACACCAUGGACCGUGAUCCGGAGCGGGAGCGGGGACUAGAAGAACUGGGUGCCGGGAUCGACUCCACCUGCUGCAUUGGGAUACCCGAAUGUCCGCAGGAUGAGGAGAUAUGGAAUAUCAAGCAGAUGAUUAAGUUGACGCAAGAGCACCUUGAAGCACUUCUCGACAAGUUUGGUGGCGAACACAACCCCCCGUCCAUAUAUCUCGAGGCCUACGAGGAGUACACCAGUAAGCUGGACGCCCUGCAGCAGAGGGAGCAGCAACUCCUGGAGGCCAUGGGCAACGGCACCGACUUCUCCUCCUGCUCCUCCUCCCCCAUGCCCGGGCUGUUGGAGGCCGCGAUGGGCGGAGGGGGCAGCGGCGGGGCCCAGGCCUUCCCGUCGGCCCCAAACACCCUGGCCGUCCUGCAGACGCCUUCCGACGCCGCCCGGGCCAACCCGCGCUCUCCACAGAAGCCCAUCGUCAGGGUGUUCCUGCCCAACAAGCAGAGGACUGUGGUUCCUGCCCGCUGUGGGAUGACUGUCAGAGACUCUUUGAAGAAAGCUCUGAUGAUGAGGGGGUUGAUCCCUGAGUGUUGCGCUGUCUACAGGAUACAAGAUGGAGAGAAGAAGCCCAUUGGCUGGGACACGGACAUCUCCUGGCUGACGGGGGAGGAGCUGCACGUGGAGGUGCUGGAGAACGUGCCUCUGACGACGCACAACUUUGUGAGGAAGACAUUCUUUACCCUGGCUUUCUGCGACUUCUGCCGGAAGCUUCUGUUCCAGGGCUUCCGCUGUCAGACCUGCGGCUACAAGUUCCACCAGCGCUGCAGCACCGAGGUGCCCCUCAUGUGUGUCAACUACGACCAGCUGGACUUGUUGCUGGUGUCCAAGUUCUUCGAGCACCACCCCAUCACCCAGGAGGAGGCGUCUUCAGAGGGCACCACCCCCGUGUCUGAGGCCUACCCCUCGCUGCCCCCCUCGGACUCCCCCGGGUCCCUGUGCCACGCCAGCGUGUCUCCGUCCAAGUCCAUCCCCAUUCCCCAGGGGUUCCGCCCCGGGGAGGAGGACCACCGCAACCAGUUUGGCCAGAGGGACCGCUCCAGCUCCGCCCCCAACGUCCAUAUCAACACCAUCGAGCCUGUCAACAUCGACGACUUGAUUCGAGACCAAGGUUUACAGAGGUCCGAAGGAGCCCCCCCAACACACCCCGCCCGCUGCUUCAGGAAGCACCGAACACGGACCUCAAGCCCCCUCCUAAACUCCUACCCCAAUGACAUAGUGUUUGAUUUUGAGCCCGAGCCCGUGUUCCGAGGGUCCAUGGCGGGACUGUCGGCCACGCCCCCGGCCUCCUUGCCCGGCUCGCUGACCAAUGUGAAGGCGCCACAGAAGUCUCCGUGCCCGAGGGAGCGGAAGUCGUCAUCGUCGUCCGAGGACCGCAAUAAGAUGAAAACCCUGGGUAGACGGGACUCCAGCGACGACUGGGAGAUCUCGGAGGGCCAGAUCACCCUGGGUCAGAGGAUAGGCUCCGGCUCCUUUGGAACGGUCUUCAAGGGGAAGUGGCACGGUGAUGUGGCAGUGAAGAUGUUGAAUGUCACUGCCCCCACUCCCCAGCAACUUCAGGCCUUUAAGAACGAAGUGGGAGUCCUAAGGAAAACGCGUCACGUCAACAUCCUGUUGUUCAUGGGCUACACCACCAAGCCUCAGCUGGCCAUUGUGACCCAGUGGUGUGAAGGCUCCAGCCUCUACCACCACCUGCACAUCAUCGAGACCAAGUUUGAGAUGAUCAAGCUCAUCGACAUCGCCCGGCAGACCGCGCAGGGCAUGGAUUACCUGCACGCCAAGUCAAUCAUCCACAGAGACCUGAAGAGCAACAACAUCUUCCUGCAUGAGGACCUGACGGUGAAGAUCGGGGACUUCGGCCUGGCCACGGUGAAGUCUCGCUGGAGCGGCUCCCACCAGUUCGAACAGCUUUCCGGCUCCAUCUUGUGGAUGGCUCCAGAAGUGAUCCGCCUGCAGGACAAGAACCCCUACAGCUUCCAGUCAGACGUUUACGCCUUUGGCAUUGUGUUGUACGAGCUUAUGUCUGGUUAUCUGCCCUACUCCAACAUUAACAACCGAGACCAGAUCAUCUUCAUGGUUGGCCGAGGCUACCUGUCUCCGGACCUCAGCAAGGUGCGCAGCAACUGCCCCAAGGCCAUGAGGAGACUCAUGGCCGACUGCUUGAAGAAGAAGAGAGAGGAGAGGCCCCUCUUCCCACAGAUCCUGGCGUCCAUCGAGCUGCUGGCUCGCUCCUUGCCCAAGAUCCACCGCAGCGCCUCCGAGCCCUCGCUGAACCGCGCCGGCUUCCAGACAGAGGACUUCAGCCUCUACGCCUGCGCCUCCCCCAAAACUCCCAUCCAGGCUGGGGGCUACGGGGAGUUUUCAGCAUUUAAAUAAGUGCUGCUGAUUUUGACAGUCCAUCCCUCGUCACUUCUCAACAAGUAUUAUGUUCUACGGUGGAUUCCUUCAUUACAAAAAACAAAAAAAGUUAUAUAUAGAUAUAUAUCUAUAUAUAUAUAUACAUAUAGAUAUAUAUCUAUAUAUCUCAAAGAAUGUGCUGUUUACUUCCUGUUUGAAACAUGAAGGGAACAGCCCUGGAGCAGCCCACUUUGGCAGGUCUCCGUUGGGAAAUUGCCACAUUGACAAACAAAAAAAAAAAAACAUCAAAUCCCCCAAAAAACAUUGAAAAUGGGUUCUUAAGUGAGGUAGAACGACACGGGAUGAAGAGAAGGUAAAAGGCGUGUCGGGAUAAAAGCCCCACCAAACACGCUUGAGUGGGGGCUUGGGAGUAGGAGGUCUCGGAGAUGAGGGUGAAGAAGGGGAGGUCGGCAGAGGUCAAAGGUGUUGGCCACACGUGCCUCGUCAUCUCCUGGCCAAUAGGAAAUGAUUAAAGGCAAGUGGGCCGGGCCACAGGAAGAGCACUCGGACCAAUGACGACACAGGGCUGGAGGACGGAGUGGCCGGCCUCCCUGUCUGCCCAUCGGUUGUAGAGAAGUGGAUGGAUCAGGUUUAAGCCAGUCAUUGAGAGGAGCUGGAGGCCACAGUGGACAACGCUAACAGGGCAAUGACUUAAAAGAUAUUGAUAGAAAUCUUUCUCUCUUCAUCAUUUGGAUCCCAGUGCGUGGGGAAUUGCCGGCGUUGAGCUUUUUGGGAGAGUUUCAUUCGAUGAAGGAGACGGGUUGCUCACCAUUUUUGGAGCAGAGUGGUUUUCUCCCUCGGAGCCACACACAGUGCUAAUUCACUUGCCUCAAGCAUUACAGGAUUGAAGUAUUACGACGUCCCCCACCAGUCCCUUCAAUGUCCCCCCCACCUCGACCCUUCAAUGUCCCCCCCCCCCACCUCGCCCAUCCCCGUGUCUUGCCUUCUGAAUUGCCUCAGCCGAAACCCACACCCGUGUCCAGACAACCGUCCGAAAUUCCUUCCGCCUCGUCUCCAGGGAGGAAACGACACCGUGGCGUCUGCUUGACAAACGGGUAUAUGGCGACGGACGGCGUGUGAUACCAAGAUGGCCGCCAGUGCCUCUCUUUGUUUCUCUGUCUCUCUCUCGUCUCUCUGGACUGAAUGGCAGUAUUCCCGGGACUUGAGCAGGGAUGGAUAAAGAGGAUGUCGUCGCCCUCCCCCCCCCGUCCCCCCCCUUCACUAGCCCGUCCCCAGCCCUGCCUCAUUUGGGCACGGCAGCACACAUCUUUCCAUCGUUUUGGGGGGAAACAUUUUGCUAGUGUGUUUGUACUUGUAAGGAAAAGACACGGGGGGUGCCCCCCCGCCCCCCUCCCCCCUAAAUCCAUUCAAGUCCCUGGCCCGAGUGAAGAGUCCACAUAGGGAAGUCUGUUUCACUCUCAGCUGCUACUUUCAAGGUUUACAUUGCACUGUGCCGUUAGUAGUUGGACUGCUCUUUGCAACUUGUGGCUUCUCCCAGCUUUGCUGCACAUACAGAAAUUUUUUUAAGGCAGUGGUGCCAUCAAUGUAACUUAAGCUCUGUUUUCUUUUAUUUUGGGGGCGGGGGGGUUAGUUUUUAUUUGUUUCCUUUUUUUGUUUUCUGCCACAAACCCCAAACUCUGAUUCUCUUGAUAGCAAGUGCAUGACGUCUCAUUGGUAGGAUUUUCCCUUCUUGUUGUGGCUUUAAUAUUGCACUCGGCUUCAGAAAAUACUAAAAGAAACGGCCAGGCCAGACCAACCUGCUGAAAAGACUUCUCAAAUCCUGUUUGGCUCAGGCUGGAUGUUUUUUUCCCCAUCCCUUCUGUCCUUUAUCUAAACAUGCACCUGUACUUUGUCAUUCCAGCGUGUGUCUCAAAGGUCAUAGUUAUUUUACGGUUUAUAUCUUUUAUUUUGUUGGAUGUCGUUUGCCUUUUUCUCUUUUGACAGGCAGGCCUGCGAACUUAUUUAUGUGAAUUAAAUAUUGUUUUUCUGUUCCUUUUGGUUUGUGGCAGGGGGGGGGCAAAACUUUUUAUUUGAAGCCAUUCUUUCUUUAACUGCUUGUGUGGUCAUUGUGACAUGUGUACUUGCACUUUGUAGAGAUGAGAUCGAAAGCAAAUGAGCGACUUGCCUUUUCUUUUCUGUUUUUUUUUAUUGACAAAUAAAUUGUCAUGACAGAAUGCUGAGUCUGUUACCCCAAAUUCAAUUUCCUCUGUGGGAGCUGAACUGAGCAAAGUGGGAAUUGGAAAGCCAAAGUAUGUGUAUUAAGGGCCAAUAAUGAGUGUUUUCUGGAAGGCCGCAUACCACACGGUGCUGUCAAGCAGUUAAAACCAUAAAACAAGUUAUCUGCAAUGACAGCCGGCUUUAACACUGCUUUCGUAGAGUCUCGAGUGUUGCAGUAAGCUAGGUCUACGCUGUCCGUUAUUUUACAAAUGCACGCUAAUGCAGAUGUUGGCGCUAGCUCUCUGCCUCUCUACACACUGGGGUUUGGUGUUGAAUCUGUCUUGGCCUACAUUUAUGUGGAAAAACAGCAAACCUUACAGGAACUCAGAAGGUCAAGUACAAACCUGGCAACACCCAUUCCAAAGGGCAAUGGAGAUACAUUCUUGAAGAUGGCACAGAAGAAGAUUUGAUUGUUGCCUUGAUAUAUAUAAAUAUAUACAUAUGUACAUUUAUUUUUCAGAGGGACGUGUAAAUGCAUUUGUUUCUAUCUUUCCCUCUCGCUGGGCCACCUUUUAGUUUCACUGUUACAAAACCUAAGAUGUAAUACUGAAGAGCUGAGCGGUAGUUUUAUUUUUUAAGUGUUGUAUUUAUUUUAGAGAUGUUGUUAUUUUAUAUGAGAAUGCAGUUACAGAGGUGUCUCUUAUGAAUCAUAGCUCCGUUGAAGCGAAGGGACCCUGCAGGACCUAACAGAACCUGAAUUUCUUUGACUUCUAUCUUUCUCAUCCCACUCUUUGGCUCUUUCUGGCUUUUGUGUCUAACUUAAGUGUUUCACCCUUCUAUUUUUUUGGAGAGUUACUUUUUUUCGUGGGACUCUUUUCACAUUCCUCCUUACCUGCACCUUAGACACCCUACCUUCUCCACCCCCACUUCGACUGAGAACUAUCAUUCAAUCUUUUGGGAGAUUAUUUUCACCUGUAAAUAACUGUACAAAAGAAGUACUGUCUGUCUGCAAGAAGGCAUGGAGACUAAACAUGAAAUGAGCUAUAAAACGUUUAAAUGAAGAAAUCAAAGGUGAAAAGGACAUUUUGAUAGAUGACAUUCUGAGAAAAAUGUUUGUGUACAAAUAUUUAAGACUGUAUUAUAUGAAAAGGAGAAAGAGCUUAAUGUAUUUGUUGUGAAUAUGAAAAACGGAUAUAUUAAAGAAGUGCAUGAAAACUGUA